UAUAGCACUCACCAACGCCCUAGAGGGAUCAUUUGUAACACCUCUAGACCAUUUCAGGAAUCAGGAUGGCAGAACUGCUCGUUUUAGCUAUGACGUCAAUGUUGACUAUUUCGAGGAAAAUGGGACAAUGUUCUUUUACAUAAGCGAUGCUGGCCAAUACACCACUGAGUGGAUCGAACGUGGUUUAGUCGCUGAUCUAGCAAUGGAAUUUGGUGCUGCGUUAUUUACAACCGAUAUUCGCUAUUUUAGAGAGAAUACGCCAACUCAGACAGCCACCCUUGAUGAUCUAGCAUUUUUGAGCGUUGAUCAAGUUCUGGCUGAUAUAGCCGUUUUCAUACAUACCGGUAGGCGUCAUCUACAGAAUUAUGCUGGUCGAGUAUUUGUGUGGGGUUCGGGGCUCGGUGGUACUUUGGCUAUUUUAGCUCGCCAAAAAUAUCCAAACUUGAUACAUGGUGCAUGGUCCUCGAACGGAAUAUUUAUGCCUACUGUUUUUGCAACAUCGCCAUAUUUGUCGAUAGCAGAAAACAUUCGUGAAAUCGGUGGAGAGGAUUGCGGUGAUCGAGUAACUGAAGCUUUUGAGCAAAUAGAAAACUUAAUUGCUAGUGCAGAUGAUCAGACUUUAGUGGAAGAAUUUGGGAUAUGUAGACCAUUCAAUGUCAGUCAACAUUCUAUGGAUAUUGGAAUGUUUUCAGAGGGAGUCAUUAACCAGAUUAGCGCAUACAUCGACCGAUACCAUCACACAGGCAUCACGAGCUUUUGCAAUGCCAUGAGCAUUAUUCCGUCCGAUCCAAUGAGGUCGCUCAGUAGAUGGAUCCGAUUCAUUUAUAAUGUCGACACUGGUGCCUGCUCAAAUUAUGAUUAUGCUGGUUUCAUUCAACAGACGUCGGAUACAAAUUGGAAUAAUCCUGGUACAUCAGCCGGAAUUCGCCAGAUGUUAUAUCUUCAGUGCAGUCAGAUUGGUCAACUGAAAGUUACGACUAGCUCCGGCAUGUUCGGACGAAGAGUUACGGAAGAAUAUCGUCAGCGAAUAUGCCAGGAUUCGUUCGGAGAAAACUUCAAUUUUGAUCAGCUAUACCUUAGUGUCGAAUACCUAAAUGUCUUAUAUGGUGGACAGUAUCCCAAAGUAACAUAUUCGAUUUAUACCAAUGGUUAUUUGGAUCAGUGGAAGUAUCAAGGAAUUACUCACACUUAUGAACCCGAUUCAUAUGUCGUGAACGUUCCGGGAUAUUCAAGAUGGGCCGAUGCUACGUCAUUGAAUACACUGGACUCAAUCGUAUUGUACAAUGCUAAGUAUACCGUGGUGGAUACUUUCAGACAAUGGAACCGAGAUUCGACAUCAGCAGAGCAAUAAAGUUGGUUUUCGUUGCUCCCUUUUCAAAUAAUA